GUCGUGCUGUGGUCCUACCAGCUGCGCUCCGCCACAGUAGAAGAAGAAUCCGAGGCGGAAGGAGAAGUGGAACUAGUUAGCAGGAAGGCUAAUCGCCUUUAGCCGUUUUUGUUUUCACAUUUUGAAACUUAAUUUUAAUUAUGGCACCUUUAGACCUCGACAGAUACGUAGAAAUAGCAAAACACUGCAAAUAUUUACCAGAGAACGACUUAAAGAGAUUAUGUGACUAUGUUUGUGAUCUGCUGCUGGAGGAGUCCAACGUUCAGCCUGUAGCCACUCCGGUCACCGUCUGUGGAGAUAUUCACGGUCAGUUUUAUGACCUGUGUGAGCUGUUCAGGACCGGAGGUCAGGUUCCAGACACAAACUAUGUCUUCAUGGGGGACUUUGUGGACCGGGGGUAUUACAGUCUGGAGACGUUCACCUACCUGUUGGCUCUGAAGGCCAAGUGGCCCGAUCGCAUCACGCUGCUGAGAGGAAACCAUGAGAGCAGACAGAUCACACAGGUCUACGGGUUCUACGAUGAAUGUCAGACCAAGUAUGGGAACGCCAACGCCUGGCGGUACUGCACCAAGGUGUUCGACAUGCUGACGGUGGCCGCUUUGAUAGAUGAGCAGAUCCUCUGUGUCCACGGCGGACUUUCGCCCGACAUCAAGACUCUGGACCAGAUCCGGACCAUCGAGCGGAACCAGGAGAUUCCCCACAAGGGGGCGUUCUGCGACCUGGUGUGGUCCGACCCGGAGGACGUGGACACCUGGGCCAUCAGCCCCCGCGGCGCCGGCUGGCUGUUCGGCUCCAAGGUCACCAACGAGUUCGUUCACAUAAACAACCUGAAGCUGAUCUGCCGCGCUCACCAGCUGGUCCAUGAGGGCUACAAGUUCAUGUUCGACGAGAAGCUGGUGACGGUUUGGUCGGCACCCAACUACUGCUACCGCUGUGGGAACAUCGCCUCCAUCAUGGUCUUCAAGGACGUCAGCCGGCGGGAGCCCAAGCUGUUCCGCGCCGUGCCGGACUCUGAGCGCGUCAUUCCUCCCCGGACAACCACACCCUACUUCCUGUAGGGGGCGGAGCCUGGACGCGCUCUGCUUCAGCGGGUCGCUGACCCCUCGGCUUCCAGGUUGAGGUGGGCAGAGACGCCGGAUGGUGACCCUCAUGGGUCUCAUGAAGUAGCGUCGUGUUUCCACCUCAGACCCGACGUGACAGAACCAGCCUCUGAGCCCAUCCUGCUACAUUCUGCCUUAAACAUUUUAACUUUAAUUUAUUCAUCUUAAGUAUCAUGCACACCGUUUUCAUUCUCCUGUGUCUGAACUGGGAUGAACUGGUUCCUCCUGAUUCAUCAGCAGAGAUGCACCGAUGGCCGGUCGCUCCAGAACUUCCUGUUUCUGUCUGUAGACUGUCGGAUAAAUCCUGGCCUCUGCUGCGUUUACAGACCAUAAUAAGUUGUUUCAGUGCCUGAUCUCCAGAUCAAGUGAAAUCCUCCCAUCUGUGGACCAGUCGGUGCGUCCCUGAUCAUCUGUGGCAUUAUGUCUGUUUCUCUGCUCUGCAAGCAGCUGGAGCUGAAACCCAUUCCAGCUGUUUACCGUCUUGAAAUUUGAAUAAAAAUGAAUUCACAGUUCUGA